CUCAAUCAGUUUGGACUGAAGGAUAAAAAACUUUUGCUUUCCAACAUUCAAUCGGCCUCCCAUGGUCCAACUUAAAUUUAUAUUAUCUGUCUGACAUUAGCCUUAAGACCCUCAGACUCUGUUGCAUGUGUUUUUUCUUCUUCGCACAAAUGCCUACCAGUUUUACUAGCACAGACACAAGAGCCAUCGCCGACUGCCCUUGCAAUUAGCUAGGGUUUUGAUUCAAUUACUACAUAUGACAACGCCCACCAGCAAUGAAGCUGAUUAAAGUUCUAAUGAUACUGAAAUGAAAAAAUGAAAAUUAAGAAAUUGAUUGUUUUGGAUGUUCCUACUUAAUAGAGUUCUACUCUCAAUAUUUAUGACGACUUUGCCUUUGAGAGAUGCUUUUUGUCAUGUAGAGAAUUGUGACCAGAUUUUUAAGUUAAAUUCUUCAGAAAAUGAUUGGAGUAGUUUCCGAUAUUGUUUAAAAAAGUUAUGAAGCCACAUGUCAUUUCAGUGGCACACAUUCUUCCACAACUAUUUUAAUCCUGAGGUAUGUAAAGUUUGUCUUAAGUUAAGGCAAUGGGGAACAUGAUGGGUUAUUAUUCCGUUAAGAAGAUGGCUCUUCUAAUGACAGUUUAUUUUGGCUGUUCUAAUGAUAAAUUAUUAUGAAAGAUAAACAUAUGAACAUGUUGUGUCGAGGUUGUUUCAGAAACGGCUCAUAUAGCCACAGAGGUUUAGGUGAAGAUUUAUGAGGCGCAUGUUUCUCAGUUUUGUAAACAUAGAAAUGAAAGGUUCAUGAACGUCACUGAAGUGUAGAGAAUGUUUUUCAACAAAAGAAUUUCAACUAAAGAACUGCAAAAGACACUGAGAAUGUUUUUCAACAAAAGAAUUGAAAAAGGCUAUUUUCAAGAAAUUUACACUUUUUACAGCAGUGUUCUGAAAAGUGCUAAGCGGCAGACUAAAACCUUGUGCCUAGCCGUGCUUAGUAGUUAGUAGGUGGUUAGUCGAUGUCUAGGCAGAAGGAUACAUCAUAGGCAGUUAGAGCAUAUGGGGUAAAAUAUACCAAAUAUUUGACAAGAAUCUUCAUUAAUAUGUGAUUACAUUCUAUAUUGGAUAGAUAAAGAGCAUGGUGUCCCACCAGAUUGGUGGGGUCAUAAAUUUGGUUUUGUUGUGGGGGGUUUUCUUGGAGCCCAGACAAAGCAAAAGAAGUCAUCUGUUGAAGAUCAGCAAGGUUCCAGUAGGAGAACUACAUUCUGUGAGGAUGAUCAAGAAAAUCUCUACAAUCGUGUUCAAGAUAAAGCUACUUCUGGAAAACAAGGUUUGGGCAUAAAGGACAAGCCAAAGAAGGUUGCCGGUUGUUUCUUUCAGGGGAAAAAGACAUCUUUUGAUGAAAGUGAUGUGGAUGAUUCCUCUGAUUCGAACCCACCAAUUCAAGCAAAAAAUGACAAAAUUUCCUACAUCUGUGCUGAACCAAAAAUGAAACUAAAAAAAUUGUGCAAGCGCCUCCUUAAAAAGGAACCCGGCAACUCUUUGAAACUUAAGCAGCUCAAAGUUCUUAUUGAUGAGCAUUCGUCUGGGGUGUUUCACAACAUGUCUAAGAAAGAUUCUAUAACUUAUUUAAAGCGCAAGCUUGAAGGCAGUGAUACGUUCUGCUUGGAUGGGAAACAAGUCUCUCUAACUUUAAGGAGCGGCUGAAAACAUGUUUUUCUUUUUUGCAGAUUGCGGCAACACAUUGUACAUUGUUUCUUGUUGAGGCCUGGCUUGGGGGUGAUGCACCAUUUGCUGCCAUAGUAUUUUCAGUUUGCUGCUUUUUAAUUAUAUAUACAUGUUUCCGAGGGGUUAAGGAUAAGGUUUGUAAAAUGUUUUUGUUCAGAUUAAUGUUUGUUUUGUAAUGCCUAGCAAGGAACUUUGAAGCUCUUCCAAUUUCAUCACUCUGGAUUCAUAUAAAGUGGUGUUUUUGGUAAUAAAUAGCUUUCCUUUGUUUUUAACGAAGCAUUCUUUGUUUGCACUGAUAUUAUCACGUUUCAACCUUUGGUGGUGAUGGUGUUUUUGUGGGAUUUUCCUCAUCAGAUGAUGCUUUACUAGAGGAGCUUUACAAGCCCUUCUACCACCACCUGCCUAACUCACCCUCCAUCUACUUGUCCACACGAGAACACGAACCCGAAGAUCGCGACGAUAGUGGUGAUCACAAGAUGAAGGGUUGUUACGAUGAGUCCUCCCCGCCGAAGACUCCUAAAUCCUCCUCCAAGUACAAAAAAAGGAAUAGGAAAAAUGAGCAUAAUAGAGUGGUGAUUGAAGUGGAAGCUGAGGAGCUUUGUAAAGAUAAGUGGGCUUGGAGAAAAUAUGGCCAGAAACCCAUUAAAGGCUCACCUUACCCGAGGAGCUAUUAUAGGUGCAGUAGCUCGAAAGGGUGUUUGGCGAGGAAGCAAGUGGAGAGGAGCAAUAGCAAGGCGGGGACGUUCGUGGUGACGUACACGGCGGAGCACAGCCACAGCCAGCCCACCAGGCGCAACUCUCUCGCCGGGACCAUCAGGAACAAGUUCAUUAUACUGCCUCCUCCUGCCACCGCCGCCCCUGCCACGCCGCCUCGGCUUCUGAUUCCGUCGUCAGCUUCCGAUCCUCUGUCGUCGUCGGAUUAUAACUCGAGCGCGUGCAACGAGGGGGGAGGCGUGGCAGUGGUACGGAAGGAGCCGGAGACGAUGAAAAUGGAGGAGAAUAUUGGCGAAGAUUUCUUUGCCGGUUUAGAGGAUCUGG